AACGCCCCACCAAAACUCCUCUCGUCCCCUCCCUCCCCGCCUCCUCUCCAAACCCUCUCCGCCCUCCUCUACCUGCAGCUUCCCUCCACCGCGAGCGAACAAGAGAGGCGGCGGCGGCGAUGGGGAGGGCAUCGAAGGGCUCGCGCAAGGGGAAGAAGGCUUGGCGCGCCAACAUCCACACCGACGAUAUCGACGAUUUUUUCGAGAAGCAGACGCGCGACGCCCACGCCGGCGUCGCCGCCAUCCCUUCGCUCCCCUCCGACUCCCUCUUCUACGUCGACAAGCCCGCCGCCUCCGCGUCCACUUCCGCUGCCGGCGCCUCCGACACAACCGCCAAAGAUAUUCCUGUCAAGAGAAAGAUUGAAAAGAAGAGAGAGAAGGUUCUUUACCAUGAGAGUGUGUUGAAGAGGAAUCCGUUUGUACAGCCAGUCCCAUCUUCUGUGGUGUCCAAGAAGGAUAAGAAGAAGGAAAAGAACAAGAAAUUGCAGGAGACACAGGAAGAGAAAAGUGUCCCCAUGGAAGAUGAUUCUGCUGAAAAGAAUCUUGACAUCUGGGGUGGGGAGGGUAAAGGAGAUGCCAAAGCUAAAAAGAGUUCUCUUACAACGGCGAUUCCUGCUGUUGAAGUUGAGCCCCCAGGAUGUUCAUUUAAUCCCCCAUUUGAAGCACAUCAAGAUUCUCUUGCUCAGGCAGUUGCAGAUGAAUUGCGUAAAACCUACACAAAAGAGUUGGGGCCUAAACCUGUGCCACUUAUAGUUCCUGGUGAAGCUAUCACCGAAGAAGAUAAAUUCUUUCUUGAUGCUGAUGAUGGAGAUGAAGAUGUUGCAGAGUGUGAUGAAGAUCAUGAUGCUGAUGCUUUGGCUGGACAGAGGAAAACCAAAACAAAAAGAGUUACAAGAGUAGAACUGAACAGAAGAGCUCGUCGUAAGGAGAGGUUAAGAGCAGAAGCGGAAGCAAAGAAAAUCGAUUAUCUUUCAAAGGAAAUUGACAGCUUGCCAAAUAUAAUAGAUGAGAUAGGUAAGGAGGAUGAGGAAAAGGAGAAGAGGCGCAUACGGCGAACUGUGGCUAAAGAGGACAGGCUCAAAUCAGGACCACCUCGUCUGGGCAGACACAAAUUUGAACCAGCUCCUGUUCAAGUUCUACUGACAGAAGAGAUUAGUGGCUCUCUUAGAAAGCUGAAGGGCUGUUGUAAUCUUGGGAGGGAUCGCUACAAGAGCAUUGAGAAACGUGGAAUACUUGCACCAAGCAAGAGAUUAAGAGAAGAGCCAGUCGGAGCGGCGCCGGAGUACCUCGGCGACCCCGAUCGCCUUCCUUGCCGCUGCGGGUCUGCCUGCACCGCGUCGCCUCGCCACUGCAACCCGGAGGACGGGCCCGAGGCGUACAGCAAUGCGACCGUCCACAACCGUCUUAGUGAGUACACAUCGAUGGCAAGGGAGGUCCAUAGGCCAGAGUACGAUCCGAGCACCGAGGACCUUGAUGGAGAAGUCGUCAUGAGGGUGGGAGGAGGCAAGAAGCAUGGGCGAUACUGGAUUGGCGACGGCGCAAUCGACUCGAUCGCUACUCCCAGUCUCUCCCAGAUUCGAGCAAGCAGCACGAGCACGAGCCCGGCCAUACGACCUCGGAAGGACACUUCACACCACCGGGUGGAGGCACUCGAGGCCCAGCUGGAACAAGAGAGGAGGAUACGGGAGCAAAUGCAGGCGACGAUGGAGAGGGUGGAGGCCGAGCGGGAGGCUGAGCAGCGGAGGAUGGUGGAGAUUCUUCAGUACAUGCAAAGUCUUGGCGCCGCUACGGGUGUAGCUCCGCCACCUUCGCUAUUCGCUCCACCUCCACCUCCUCACUAUUCUACUCCUAAUCAAUCGGCGGCAUCGAACGAUCCUCAUGCUUCAGCAAAUCCUUCACCAAAUCAGUUUCAUUGACCAUCUUGGUGAUGAUACUUGUGGUUGUUAAUGGUACUUCUAUUUGCAAUUAUGGUGUGAGAUGAUGGAGCACUUGGAUUACUUGUGAACUUAUUUGUGAUAUAUAUGUGGUGUUGGUGAUAUAUAUGUGCUGUUGAUGAUAUAUAUGUGAUGUUGGUGAUGUUUGUUAUAUA